AUGAAUAUUUGGCUAAUACAAAUUCUAGUGGCUACGGUAUUGUUUGGACAUGGAUUAGGCCAACAACAAGCGGAUUCAGCUGUGGGUUGCGGUCCGAAUGAGGUGCUACACGCUUUUACUGCUGUUUAUCACAUAUUGUUCACGUAGAUUUUAGUAGUUGUAGUCGUUUAGAUGUAUUUAAUCAUAAUAUAUUAGUGUUGAAAAGUUUUGUCGUCAAUUUAUGUUGAUUUUCACGUUCAAAAACGACAAGACUUUUUUUUGUCAUCACGAUGAUAGUGUUAACUCAUUUUAUCAUCACUAUAUGAUAGUGUUAACAUAGAGUAGUUAUAGAUGUUAGUGUCACUAAUAAUUACACUCCUAAAUGUCACCUUUAAAGCACUCAAAAGCUAAUUAUAGAGCCAAUACUGUAAAACCUAUAUUAGUCACAUCACGGCGCUAUUUAGCAUGUUAUGUCAACACAAAACAAGCACAGUUUAGCACUUUAUUUUAGACCAAAACCAUCCCUAUUUAACACGUUACGUUAAUAUAAACAAGCACAAAUUAGCCCGUUAUAUUAACCAUAACAGUACAACUUUUAACCGCAAUGUAACUUUAACUGCACCUGUAAUAUUUCAAUUACUAGUAUAGUACUAGGUAUAGUAACUGUAGUUUCAUUGCCUGUUUUCAGCGAGUUGCGGCUUAUUUUGGAAACUCACGCAAACGUACUGUAAAUGACAAUCAGCACUACGCUUAUGCCAAUCUUUUCGCACCAAACGAUGUAAUUCUAGCUUAUAGUUGACUGACAAAUAAUGUUGUAGACGUAAAGUGCUUACAAAUGAAAUAGUUAAGACAAUAAUCUAUAGAAGCCAAUUCAAAUAAAAAAUUUCAAAAAUCUCCCGGCCAAAAUGUUUUUGAAUUUCAAAAAAAAUUCAGAUUUAUAAGCCUUUAUCACAUAAAAAUCCAAUGUCUAUCCUUCCUUUGCCUAACAGCCUCAUUUCAGGGCCAACCCCGUGACCCACGAAUUCCCCAGCCAAUCGUAGUACGUACUGAUUCAGUACCACCCAACUUUAAUCCUCAAACCAUCAACGAUCCGCGUUAUGAAGCCGAAAUCAAACGUUAUCAAGCAGAAGUUGCGCGACAAAUCGCACUACAACAACAACAAAUUCAGAACGAGUUCAAACAGCGUGGGUAUCCGCCACAACAACGGGCUGGUGCAGGUGGUGCUAUUCCGCCACCCGUCACGUUUAGUUUUCAAUUGAACAAUCCGGCUUCGAAUCAAGGACAAAUUGGAGCAGGUGGUGCUCCUGGCCAAGCUGGUAAUCCUGGUCAAGCUGGUAAUCCUGGUCAAGCUGGUAAUCCUGGUCAAGCUGGUAAUCCUGGUCAAGCUGGUACUCCUGGUCAAGCUGGUACUCCGGGUCAAGCUGGUAAUCCUGGUACAUCAUAUCAAUCACGGUAAUUUGUUUUUUGCCAAACCAUCGUAUAAAGAAUAGUAAACCAAAAAUACCAUUAUCUAGUUGUUGUUAAUAAUGUUAUCCAAAUACCGUAUUUUACCUCAAUCCAAAUUCAAAGAUUUAAAACUACAAAAAAUCAAAUUUCAGCCAACCUUCAUAUCAACAAAGUCAAUACAAUCAGCAAGCCCAACGAUACCCUCAAAGUCAACAGAACUACCCUCAAUCAAGUCAAUCUCAACAAAAUUAUCAAACAGCACAAAACUAUGGUCAAGUUCAACAACCGGGUUAUAGCCAAACUAGCCAACAACAACAAAGUCAACCCCAAAGUUAUGGUCAGUCUCAAUCUUACGGCCAAGGACAACAACAACAGUAUAGUCAACAACCAAGCCAAUCUCGAAAUUAUGACCAAAGGCAACAACCACAAUAUGACCAAAGACAACAACAAUAUAGCCAACCCAGUCAACAGCAAGCAUACACUCAAGCCAGACCACAAUACAGCCAAUCCCAAUCCAAUUAUCCACCCCAACAACUACCCCAGCCACAAGCACAAACAGCACGUGCCCAGUACAAUUCCCAGUACUAUCAAACACAACGUCAGCCCAGCUAUCAGACCGUCCAAGGAGAUCGUCAAUACGGCUGGACUGCUCCACCACAACCUCAAAUGCAAAUACCGCCCACCAACGCGCCGACUAGUCGAAAAGUGACAAAACAGUACAAAGUUGCACCAACCGAUGCAUACAAUGACAGACUAAGAAGCUACAAUGAUCAGAUGGAGGCGAGAAGACGAUUGUUGGCCAAAGAGAAAGAGGAAAUGGCCAGAAACUUGCAAGUCAGUUAAAGUUAUGAUAGAAUCUCUGUUACUGCUAACUUGUACUAGGUUUGUAGAUAGGUAUGUGCUAAAGUAGUACUUAGACAGUUAAGUUUUGAGUUGUUCGUACUAAAGUAGUACACGGGAAAAUAGGUUACGAGUCGUUCAUAGUAUUGUAGCACUUGGGCAAAUAGGCUUAGUAUUGCUGGUACUAUAAUAGUACUCAGACAGAUAGCUUUUAUACCGUUCGUACUAUAGUAGUACUAUGCGAGUAGGUUUUUGAAUGAAUAACAUUACAUCAUACAUAGCAGAAAAGAACAUUAAAACCGAAUACUUACCAUGUGUGAUUCUUAGUUCAAGUUUGCAGUGAUACGAGGUUUUAUUGUACUGACUUAUAAGAUGUUAUAUAUGUCUUAUUGUACUGACAAGAUAUUAUUUACAAAAGCUUAUAAAAACCUUACCAGUAGCUUCUUCCUGUCAUCGUAGUCUAUUUGUUACCUAUUUUCAAUAUUUUUUGCAAUAAGUCUAAAACAAUCCUAAGAAGUCGAAAACAAUAUUAAUUAAUAUUUUAAAAUAACCCACCUGUACGUCUCCUUAUUUUUGUCAAUUGUAACUUUUAGCAUUCCAAAUGCUUUAAUCAGAUAUAUUUUUGUUAACGCCAGUCGUAUUUUACAUUUCUAUAGAAAUAUUAUGCCAAUAAAUAUUUGAUGCUUUUGGUCAGUGCAAUUGAACUUUGUUUUUGCUAAUUAAACUAACAUGAAUGAUAAACUGUUACCUAAAAAAUAUAUAAAAAGAAUUUACUUUAUCGGAGAAACUUGAUAACACUAACCUAAAACAAUAUAAUUUUGAACGAAUGAAACACGCAGAACAAAUAGAAAACUUACAGCAGUCGUAGAUAGGAUUCAUAGCCCUUUUAGCUCCUAAAAUACUGAAUAAACACAAUAAAAUUUAACAAAAACAUUAAAAAAGUAAAAUCUCUUACCUUUUUCAGUACCAACGCCAGCCAGAAGAAGACCAAGAACAAGAUGCGAACGGUGCUGUCGUUCCAUUUACCAAAAGCUAUCAACAUCAACAAGAAAUGGUCCGCAAAUCUUCCCAACCUCCUCAGCCCUUCCAACAGCCCGCUCCACCAACACCAUCCACAACCCGUCGCCCUCCAAAAACCACUCGAGCUCCAUUAGUCUACUCUAACGUCAACAACAAUCGCUAUCAAUAUGGGCUAGGCAGUCGACAAAACAAUCGCGAGUCUGUGUACCAAGUCCAACAACGUCGGCGCAACGAAUAUGCAUCACAAAGACAACGUGAACGCGAGGAAAAACAACGAAUCGAGCUGGAACAGCUUCAACGUGCCGAGCUUCAGCGAAAAAUCGCAGAAGAACAGGCUAAACAAGCGGCCGCAAUCGCUGCCAUCAAAAUGCGACAUCAACAAGGACAGCCGGCCAGUGCGGAGCCCGCACCGUUCUAUCCGAGCGAUGAGGAAAGCCCGUCCAUUGAUCUAGCUCAAUAUUACGACGAUAUUGAGGAAGAAGCGUUUUCUACUGCCAUUCCACAAGUAAUAUUACAAUUUUUAUAAUUUUUUAUUUAAUUUCAGCUUGCGCCCUUAAUUAUUUUUUAGCCUUAUUUACUCUGCAGGCCGCGCUUACUUUUUAUACGUUUGUUUUACCAAAGAAUAAAAAAUAAAGUUGGAAAACAAUAAGAUAAUAGAACCGUGAGUAAGAUGAAGUCUUCAGGUUCAACUAGAAAGCCCAAUAACACCAUCACCGAUGUGGAAGAUGGGCGACGACAUCAGCGAUCAUCCAGACUUCUUGUUUGACUUGCCUUGCAAUGGUUUCACUGACGAAAUCUGUUAUCAACAGGUACGUUUCUACAUUCUUUAUGCUUUUCUUGGUUUUUAGGUAUGAAGAAUGAUUUACGAAGGUAUUCAGGAGAUGAUAAGGAAUUAUUUUUAGGUUUUGGAGGUAAAAUUUAAGGAAAACUUAUACAAGACGCGUCAUGGGUAAUAUAAUAGGUUGUAGUUUGUUUUUAUGGCUUUUAUUUAGACGGGUCACGUAAAUUAAGGAAAAUUUUCGAUGUAAAACGUGUCAUUUAUAAAAUUCUAGGAUAAAAAAGUUAAUUUCCACAAGAAACGCGAUAUUAUCCAUGAAGAUUUAUUAUAAAAAAGCUUUCGCUUGUAACUUUGCCAAUAAUUUAUUGAUUAGCAAGAAAAUGUGAGGUUAGCUGAGGAUUUAUAUAAAGAAACUAUAGUUAAAAAACUUGGUGACCAAUGAAAGCUAACAUACAGCUACACCAAUAUCUAAGAUUAUCAAUGUUACCUAAAAUAGAUCGGUGAAAUGGAUGCUAGAAUGUCAAAAUUGUACCUGGAUUUGUUUUUAAAACAUAAUAAAUGUUAGUUAGAAGCUUUUACAGUGUUUGUGAAAUUAUAUUGCGUUGAAAAAGGUAGAAUAACAUCAAAACGCGAUGUUGUUCAAUGCAGAGGGUAAAAUCGGCUAAAAUUAAGCGGAAGUUUUGCAAAAUAAGCAUAAACCUCUACGAGGUAAUGACAAUACGAUACUUUGAAUCAUUUUAUUUACUUUUAAAACAAUAUAGAUUAACAAUAACAUGAUAAUCGAAUCAAUAUCUUAUAUUAUCCUUGAUUUAAAUCCACGUUUUGUAACUUUUAGCCAAAUCGUUUUGCAUUACCCGUUAAUCUUUGCCUUUUUUGGUAAUUUGGGCUUCUCUUUCUUCAUCUUGUGUGAUUUGCGAAGCGCCUUGACGAUCCGCUACAUAGGUUGGCACAGCUCCGCCUUCAGCACUGUAUAGGCGUUCGUUCGUAAAAUAGGGCUCAAUUUCGACCGGUGUGAUGGCAACAUCGAUUAUUUUGGAGAGUUGUAGUGAAAUGAAUCCUAAUAGGGUUGAGAAUGUCAGUACGAAGGUUGUGGUUAGGAUCUGAAGUUGUAAAACACGGAUUGCAUUUUUUUGAAAUAUUUUUUUUCGAACAAUGAAUUAAGCAUCGUGUGUGUGUUUACUCAUGAGAAUUAGAACUUACAUAGCCUUGAGUUUCACUUCCAAUCAAAAUGUUAAUCAUUUUGGCGAAAAUAUCGACCGAUUUUUGGGUAUCAAAAUAUGAAAAACUAGAUCGUCGAAGAAUGCAAAAUUAAUUUUUUUUUGAAAGUAAAUCACAAAAUUCAAAUAAAAAUGUUACUUAAAAUGACAAUUUCAAUUUUACCUAAAAUAAAAAUUCCAUUUGCAGCAAGCGUCACUACCUCCAGAAGAAGUCCACAAGUGUUGUCAGACAAAAAUCGUCCUUACCGAUCAAUGUGUACCAGGCAAAUGCGCAAAUGGUACUGUUCAGUUAUGCUGUAUUCAGAAGUUCCUCCAGUCCAAAUUCAAAUGUUGUAACGACAGGAAACAAGGCGACCCGUUGUUAGCUACCGAUGCCUUCAGCAAAUGUUGCUAUGAAGAAUUUGUGGAAGAUGAGGUCGGUUUUUUCGUUUUUCUAAACAGUAUUGUAUUGAGAUGGACGUAUUUUACCAGAAUUACUUAAAAAAUGUUUUUAAAGAGUUUUUAAAUUUUUUCAGCAAUUUUUGACUGAAACCGUUAAAAUGUCAUUCUAAUUAUGCAAAACAUAAAAACCUCAACUAAUAAUGGAGAGAGAAAAAAAGGAGACGUAUUUUACACAAAAACAAUCUAGAAAACUUCAUCUUCUGUUAGUAAAAAGCAGCCAAACUUAACUUUUUUGGCUCAAAGUUUUAGACUGAAAAUGCCAUUUUUAGUCGCAAUAUUGAAAAAAAUAAAAAAUUUUAAAUUUUAAAGAUGCAGUAAAAUACUUUUUUUAUAUUGGCUUCAUAAAAGGAAUGUCUAAAAAUAAAUGAAAAUGUCAAAAAGUGUAUUUGCCGCCAGCAGGGGUCGAACCUACGACCUUGGGCUUAUUAGACCCACGCUCUAACCGACUGAGCUAUGGCGGCACAUAACUGCAGGCGGUUUAUUUUUCAUUUUAAAAACGUAGUACUGUACUUAUUGUAAUCUACUACUAUAAUGUUAAUUUUUUUUAGAAUUUUAUGUUUUUUAAAGUUUAUUUAAAUCAUUUCAAAAAAUUAAUUUUUUGAAAAAUAUGAAACCAUGUUAAAGUAAACGUUAUAUCAUCUAUUGGCUUACAAUAAAUACUUUUAAAUCGGAAAAUAAAUUGCCUGCAGCCAUGGGCCGCCAUAGGUCAGUCAGUUAGAGCGUGGGUCUAAUAAGCCCAAGGUCGCAGAUUCGAACCCUGCUGGCGGCAAGUACAUUUUUUGGGGUUUUAUUGUAAAAUACGAUGUAGGGAUCUUUCAUUUUAGUAAAAAAGAUUUUUCACAACUUUUAUGAAUUUAUAUUUUUUAUGUUUUACAUAAUUAGAAUGACAAUUUUGUCAUUUUUAUGUCAAAAAUGGCUUAAAACUGUCGAAAAAACAGAAAAAUGUAGUUUUUGAAUAAGUUUCUAGUUUAAACUAUGCCAUUUUGGAAAUUUACAGUACAAUUACCCUUAUUACAACAUAAAACCUUGUUAUAGGACCCAUGUUGUCCAAAAGCAUUCAGUGAAAAGCAGUGGAUGCACGUUCACGAACUUUGCCUACCCAAUGUUAACAUUGACUUGAGCAAUGUGAAAGUACCUCAACGACCCAUUGUUGGUAUGACAACACUGGUCAACUAUGACUUUUCCAAAACCGACAAAUGGCGUUUUGAGUGUCGGUAUGGCGGGCAUGUACCACAAUAUUCGUACUUUACUGAUGACGCUUUUAAGAAAUCAAAGGAAAAAAGCGUCGAAGAGUAG